ACACUCUCUUUGCUGGACACCGGCAGAGCUGUUAAGCUGGCAAACUGGGUACCAAACAGCUCGGUGUCACAUGAGAGGCCUGGCUGGAGUCACGGUGGCCCGGGUUACUAUUCUUAGCAGCAGGAAUGUACACAGUGGCCUCAUGGCCAGCACUACAGUGCCUAACUGGAGGUCUUCGUCGUUUUUUUAUGUCAUGCUCCUUUUUCUCUCCCUGAAAACACUACCCAGUUUCUCUCUGGUUGUGUUUUGGUUCUGCUUUGGUUUGAACUGACAUCAGCUUUGACCAGAAGGAACAGACAUUGUGGAUUUUAUUGAUUUUCUGAGGACGGGAGGUAAGGAUUCACUCUGUCACAGAUGUUGAUGAUGAACUUGCAGCAGGUUCAUCAGACAGACAUCUCUCUAAAACUUGUAAAUUUGACACUAGUGUGAAAUCUCAGUGAGUCAGUAUGAUUGUUUUAUUGUGUGAUUGAUCCAUGUGUCCAACACUGGCUUCAGUGCCUGCUGUAACUGUGCUCUCUUUUAAGUGAACGUGACUAUAAAUGCUGCAAUGAGUGAGUGUCUUUAGCCAGACCCUGAACAGUCAAAACUGAAGUAUUUUGUGUUUUUUUUUAUGAAUUUAUGAAUUAUUUCUCAAAAUUGGUUGACAAUAGGGUUACAUAAUUAGAUAUAAAAAGAACCCUGUUACAAUAUAUAAGUUUGAUAGUGUAUGUUUGGAAAUAUUAAGAACCUAAUAAAAAGUAUCAUAGUUUAUCAACUAAAGGUAUAUCAAUAUUAGCUCAGGUUUUACUUGCUUGUGCAAUUUUAUACAGGAUUUUUCAGUCCUUGUGUUCAGAUCUAAGUGAAAACAGUUACAAAUAUAAUGUCAAUCAUAGUCUUAGGUAUUUCAUUAUACACAAUAGCACUCAGAGGUCCAAAUAUAUCACACAGGCCGGGCCCCAUAAGUGGGAGUGAAUCAGUAGCUGUCGUAGGGGAUGAUUAAAGGAUUUAGUGUAGCUAAUAGCCCAUUGAAAUUCCUGCUCUUUAAACGGCAGGAUCAUCACAAACCUCCCUGCAGGGAGACACAGACAAUGUGAGAGGAUUUUAUAUGUGAUGGAGGACAAACACAACACCAGAGGCCCAGCAACAGAGACAGAAAGAGGGUGAGGGAGAGAAACCCAGAUGGUCUGUUGACACAGUUCUGUUAUGUAAGUGGCAUUGGGCUGCUUGAUAAGGGAUAUGAAGCCCAAUGCUACAUGGAUGCAUCAAGAUAAUUUAGAAGAGGUAAAAAUAGAUAUCUGUGAGUCAGUAAUCGUCCUAUUAAGGACAGCUGCUCUGCCCAAGUUGGAAAAUAAAUGAGAGGGUUUGUUAUCAGAUUAAGUAAGCCCAGGGGUAGAAGUUAAAGCUCAGGAAAAUGUCACUGAAAAUGUGCUAGUCCUGACAAGACACGGCAGUACACAAGAUAAUACAUGCAGAGUGGUUGCAGAAAUGUUAUUCAAAUAGCUAGAAUAUGAUCAGAGAAAAUAAAGUCUUUGGAUGAUAGCAUCUUAAAAUGGCAAUACAACAUACUGCAGCAUAACCGCAAUCCAACUUGUUACGCAUUUAGAGCGUUUUGUCACUUAUUUGCUAAUAAAGAAAAAGAUGUACCAAGCAAAUUGGGAUUUUGUUGGAUUAGCCAUUCGGUAAACCAUUGGAAGAUGCAAAUUUUUCAGAGGCGUUUGUCCCUUAUUUUUGGACCUUUAAGAAAUUUUGAAAUCAGUUGAAUAAUAAUUUCUUAGAGUCUCUCUUGUUUUGCAACAUCUUCAGCUUACCUCCCUGACAAGUUUCAGCAUUUCCCCUGUCAUUUCAGUCUGAUACAAGUGUUUACAGCUGCAUUAUUUUAUCAGUGCACAUUAUAGACAAAAAAAGUUAGUAUUGCAGUAAAAUCUAUUCAUUUCUCCUUCUCUUUACUUUCUCCACAGAAUGGCUUGUAGACCAAGAGAAAUUUUCUCUUUCAAAGACUCAGAACUUCCCUUUCACCUUCUUGCUCAGCUCAACAUCCUCCGUCACGAGCGCAUCCUAACAGACGUCCUACUCUGCACAGAGCACCAGGAGAUCCCUUGUCACAAGAACGUCCUGGUGUCCAGCAGCCCGUACUUCCGUGCCAUGUUCUGCAGCAACUUUCUCGAGAGCAGCCAAGCGCGAGUGAAUCUAAAGGGAAUCUCCUCUGAAGUCCUGACUGGCAUCGUUAACUACGUCUACACUGGCUGCAUCACUAUCACCAUGGAAAUCGUGCUUCCUCUCAUGCAGGCAGCAUCCAUGCUUCACUAUGGAGGUCUUUUUGAGGCUUGUUCUAUGUUCCUACAGAAGCAGUUGAGUCCAGAAAACUGUCUGAGCAUGAUUCGACUCUCUGAGAUCCUGCACUGUGAGAGUUUGAGGGACAGGGCGAAGGAGAUGGCUGUGAGGUGUUUCUCUGAUGUUGCUACCACAGAGGACUUCAGUGAGUUGACCCUUCCUGAGCUCAUGUGUUACCUUGAGGAUGACCGACUUUGUGCUGAGGAGGAGCAAGUGUUUGAGACCCUCCUCGCAUGGAUCCACCAUGACCCAUUCUCCAGACGAGGUGCAAUCCAUGACCUCUUCAAGAAAGUUCGUCUACGCUACAUCCACCCAACUUACCUCUUCCAGUUUAUUGCCAAUGACCCCUUGGUGCAGUCCUCCACCCUCUGCACUGAGAUCAUUGAUUCAGUGCGGCGCCUCAUGCUUACAGUCAGUUCCAAGUGCACCCGUGAGCUCAAGCCGCUUUGGACAACACCACGACGCUACACCUGCAGGGAAACACUGGUGGUUGUCGGAGGACGCAAAAAUAAUGAACAGACAUCCAGAGAGGCCCUGCUCUAUGACGAAAGGACUCACCGUUGGCAGUGGUUAGCCAAGCUCCCACUGCGCCUCUACAAAGCUGCAUAUGUGUGCAUUCAUAGCAUUCUCUAUGUGCUCGGUGGGCUCAGCCUCUGCAUGUCAUCAGGUGACAGCUCAGUCAGCGCAACAGUUUACACACUCUCCCUCAAGACCAACCAGUGGCGGACGGCUGAGCCCAUGUUGGAGCCACGAUAUGCGCACCAGAGUGUGUCCUAUCUGCACUUUAUUUUUGUUUUAGGGGGCAUUGGGGUAGACAAGAGGAUCUCUCAGUCAGUCGAGAGGUACAACAGUAUGUUUAACCAAUGGGAGGCCAUGGCGCCAAUGCCCACAGCAGUGUUACAUCCAGCUGUGGCAGCCAGCGACCAAAGGAUCUAUGUUUUUGGAGGGGAGGACGCCAUGCAGAAUCCAGUCAGGCUUAUCCAGGUAGAAAUAUACUUCAAUCGACAUUGAAAUCCACUUUAUAAGUCGAUUGCAGACAUGACCUUAAGCUGAUUUAAGCAUACUGCAUAAAAAAACAUGGAGAGAAACAUAGAAAUUCAAGAGAUACUUGAAUUUCAGAUGGUCAGCAGUCAAACCAUCUUCAGUGCUGUUGUGGACAGACUGACUUUGUCUUGUUGUCUUGUUUGUGAUGUUUCACCAGGUUUAUCACAUCUCUCGCAACAUGUGGUCCAGGCUGGAGACAAGAACAGUGAAAAACGUUUGUGCUCCUGCUGCUGUCAUUGAAGACAAGAUAUACAUCAUAGGAGGUGAUGGGUUUCAAACAAGUUUGUUCAAUUUAAUUAACUUAAAGUGUAGUUUUACAUACUCUACACUACAUCUGGUUAUAUUGAUACAGGACAUGUCUCUCCUGUGGUCAACAAAUCCAAUGAAAAUGGCAGUAUGUUUGUUCACCAACACAGUCCAGCUUAGUUUAGUUCUUGAAAAGUUUGUGCCUAAAAUAGCUGAAUUUUUGGAAUUAAUUAAGAUCCAGAUUUUGAAACAUAGUUGACACUUGAUGUCACUCAAAUGUUGGUUUUGGUCUCUUUGUUGAAUUUGUUGAUUCAAAGAAAAAGAUCUUAUAUCACCGCCACCAUUUCCUCAAAUAUGGCUGACUGAAAAUCUAAUCUCCAGGUUACACCAGACGAAUGAUCGCCUACGACACCAAGGCCAACAAAUUCUUCAAGUGUGAGAACUUGAAGGAGCGACGGAUGCAUCACAGCGCUACAGUUAUCAACAACAAGCUCUACGUCACCGGUGGACGCACCCUUAACAGCCAGGAUGUAAUCGAGGACUCGGAUUGUUUUGAGUGUUAUGACCCAAAGACAGACGUCUGGACUUCGAAAGGCUCUCUACCUUACAAGCUAUUCGACCACGGAUCCCUACCAUUGGUCUGUGUUUCCAAUAAACCCAACCCACCAUGACCCACCAGCCAGUCAGCCACUUUGCAGAUACUCUGCUACAUGUUCCCCAGCGUCCCCUUUGCCAAGACUGAUUGGCCUCUAACUACACAAACGGGAAACCAUUUCAAACUGGCUGCAUUCCCUCACGCGGCCCAGUCUCUGCCACGGCUUAGCGGCAUGUGAAGCCAAGCAGACUUUCAUGGAAUCAAAGGGGAGCUCAGAUGAACAGCAGAGGUGUCAUUUCUGCGGCACCUGGUGUUGAACUUAACUGUGAAUCCAAGAUUUGAUGAGUGC